AUGCAAUGUUUUUGCUGUUUGAUCUGUAUUUAUGCAAUUGGUCGUACGGGUUCACGAAGCAAUGGAAGGGGUUGUUAAACGGAUUCACGGGGUCUCUCCAAUUUUUAUUAUUGUCUAGUUUCAUUAGUUUUUUUAAUUGGUACAUUUCUUAUUGAUCUAUAUCAUUAUGUCGUAUGGUGGCAUUAUACUCCUCAAAGUGAUACUAGAUGUCAUUGUCGAUCACAAAAGCAUAAGCGUUAUUUACCUUAUCAUAUAGUGGGAGAUACUCAACGAAAAGAUAUGUUAGAUGAUCGUCCGUGUACGACUGAUCCUUGUCGUAAUCGACAUUUAAGCCACGUUGUUGUUUUUCAUGGUAAAAAUGAUAAGCCACAGGCUCGUUGGUCUGCACUAAAGACCAAUGAUCCUGAAGUAACAUACAUUGGUUUUCAUACUACCACAGUGGAUGCUGCAGUCUCUAUUGUCCACAGCGAAUUUAGACCAAGUAAAGAAGGAAUGCUCGGCAAAGGUGUAUAUUUUGCUCGAUCUAUCCAACUAGAAAAAGUACACAACGUGAUCAACAAUUGUUUAGUUUUGUAA